GUUUUGACUUCAUGAGAAAGGUUCAAAAAGGAGGUCCACUAGUGAACUCAGAGUUCUAUCCCGGUUGGUUAACUCAUUGGCAAGAAUCAGUAUCUAUAGUCAACCCCAUCGAUGUUGUAAAACAAAUGAAAGUAAUGUUGGCAAUUAAUGCUUCGUUUAAAAUUUUCGGUACAAAUUUUGGAUUCACAUCGGGAGCGAAUACAAAUGACACCAAAGAAAGUAUUGGAUACUUACCACAGUUGACCUCAUACGAUUAUAAUGCUCCAUUGGAUGAAGCUGUAGACCCUACAGAAAAGUAUUUCAAAAUUAAACAGACACUUGAAGAAGCCAAAUAUGCUGUGACAAACGAGAUAUCACCAAAUCCUGCACCCAAAGGUGCCUAUGGAAAAUUCUAUUUAAGACCUUUGGUUAGCAUAUUUGAAAAGGUUGCUCAACGUAUUAAACCAGUGAUCAGUGAUGUUCCUUUACCGUUUGAGGACUUAGAUAUUAACACUGGUUUUGUAAUGUAUGAAACAACAUUAACAGAUGAUCAAAAAAAUGUUGAAAAUCCAGUAAACCUAACUGUGAACACGGUUAGAGAUCGAGCAAUCAUUUACCUGGAUCAAGUACAAGUGGGUACUAUGAAUCGGUUGAAAGCUAAUACUACAAUAAGCUUAAACAUUAACCGUACUGUUCAAAACCUAAGCAUUUUAAUUGAGAAUCAGGGAAGGAUGAAUUUUGGAGACUUAAUUGAAGAUAGGAAGGGAAUUUUUGAUCAAGUGAUUCUCGGAAAUAAAAUAUUAAGCCCUUGGAAAAUGACUGCAUAUCCUUUGAAUGGUACAUCAUGGAUUUCUUCAAUCAAAUCAGUUGAAAACGUCAACAGUGUUAAAUUACCAGCAUUUUAUAAAACACAGUUUACAUUAACAGUUAACUAUACAAAAUGUUUAGACACUUAUUUGGACACUUCAGGCUGGACAAAGGGUGUAGUGUUUUUAAACAAUGUAAACCUUGGUCGGUAUUGGCCACUUGGUGGACCUCAAGUUACACUUUAUGUGCCAGCUCCUUUUUUAAAACCAUCACCUUAUGCCAAUACACUAGUGAUAUUAGAACUUGAAGGUACAUCUCAAGAUUUGUCCGUGAAAUUUGUGGAUAAACCUGUUCUUGAUGGUCCUAUAAUGACAUAGAUAAAAUGUAUGUUAUAUAA